AUGGAGCCUACCAAUCAACCGUUUACUUUGCGUUCAAUUCUUGAGAAAGAUAAGUUGAAUGGAACAAACUAUGCGGAUUGGAUCCACAACCUGAGAAUUGUUCUCAGGGAGAAAAAGGAAGAUAUUCUAGACACCCCAUUACCUGUAGAGCCUGCUGAUAAUGCACCUGCUGCUGAGAAAAACGCUUACAAGAAGGCAUGUGAUGCUGAUCUUGAAGUGAGUUGCCUUAUGCUUGCUUGUAUGGAAACAGAUCUGCAGAUGCAGUUUGACAACAACCAUGCAGCGUACGAUAUGAUCGUGGCGCUCAAUGAUAUGUUCCAGACUCAAGCCAGGACUGAAAGGUUCAAUGUCUCAAAGGCUUUUGUUGAAACCAAGCUAGCAGAGGGCGCAGCAGUAGGGCCACAUGUGAUCAAGAUGGUUGGUUACACUCAGAGGUUGGAGAAGCUAGGCUUCCCAAUUGGCCUAGAGUUGGCUACUGAUUUCAUUCUCGCGUCUCUUCCACCUAGCUAUGGGAACUUCAUCUCGAACUACCAUAUGCAUGGGGCAGAAAAGGGCUUGAAUGAAUUGUGUGGCACGCUUAAAACUACAGAGGCUGAUAUCAAGAAAGGUGCUGGCAGUAGCCAUGUGAUGGCGGUCCAAAAUAAGCCCCGAUUUAAAAAGAGGGGCAGUUCUUGGAAGAAGAAGAAGGGCAAGGCUAAAGGUGAGGCUAAAGGUGAGAACUCUAAGCCAAACCCACCUGCACCCAAGGCUGGACCAACUGCUAACACUGAAUGCUAUCAUUGUAAGGGGAAAGGUCACUGGAAGAGGAACUGCAAGCUGUACUUAGAAUCCAUGAAGGAUAGCGGCGGUAAAGGUCAUAUAAGUGAGAAUCGCAUGAAGAGGCUCCAUGCUGAUGGGCUUUUAACUUCGUUUGAUUUUGAAUCAUACGAGACAUGUGAGGCUUGUUUGCUAGGGAAGAUGACCAAGGCGCCUUUCAUAGCUGAUGAGCGCAAUCGUAUGAGUAAGGUUCCAUACGCCUCGGCAAUUGGUUCCAUCAUGUACACCAUGAUAUGUACACGUCCAGAUGUCUCAUAUGCUCUAAGUGUUGCGAGCAGGUACCAAGCAAAUCCAGGUGAGAGUCACUGGACACUUGCUAAAAACAUUCUUAAGUACUUGAGAAGGACUAGAGAUGUGUUCCUAGUCUAUGGAGGUGAGGAAGAGCUCAUUGUAAAUGGUUACACCGAUGCUAGCUUCCAAACUGACACGGAUGAUUCACAGUCUCAAUCAGGAUAUGUGUUCACAAUAAAUGGUGGUGCGGUUAGCUAG